AGGAGGUGGAGAGGAGUGGAGCCUGCGAGGCUGCGAACCGGCAUCACAACAACAACACGCGAUGGAGGGCCACGGGUACCAGCACUUUGCGCCGGGGGGAGAGCGGGAGACCUACCAUGUGGACUACCGGAGGAUCGUGGGGGACCUGGAGCCCCCGAGGGCCAGCCCCCCGCCCCAGGCAGGGGAGGGGUACGCCCGGCAGACCGCCGCCACGCAUGGCCACGAGACGGCGGCGCAGAGAUACAGCGCCACGCGGAUCCAGGUCGGGCUGGGACCUGUGAGCAUGGCCGAUUUCCUUAUCAGUGGUGGCACAGGCUACGUUCCGGAGGAUGGACUCUCGGCCCAGCAGCUCUUCUCCAUCGGGGAUGGCCUCACCUACAAAUCUGACCAACAGUGUGUUGUCUCGGAUGGUCAAACUGCUGAUGAGCUGUGCUCUAGAGGAGAUGGGUUGACUUACAAUGACUUCCUCAUUCUCCCCGGCUUCAUUGACUUCACCUCAGACGAAGUGGACCUCACGUCGGCCCUGACCAAGAAGAUCACGCUGAAGACCCCCCUCAUCUCCUCUCCGAUGGACACCGUCACAGAGUCGGCCAUGGCCAUCGCGAUGGCGCUGAUGGGUGGGAUCGGUAUCGUCCACCACAACUGCACACCUGAGUUCCAGGCCAACGAGGUCCGGAAGGCCAAGUGUACUUUACUCCCUCCCCACCUCCUUGGAACGCCUCCUAUUGUAUAUUGGCCUUCUAGAAUAACCAUGAACGGGCUCAAUGAACAUAGAGACCACCGACAAACCCUAGUGCAGCGCUUCGAGCAGGGCUUCAUCACAGACCCCCUGGUCAUGAGCCCCAAGAACACGGUGGGCGACGUCUUCGAGGCCAAGGUGCGCCACGGCUUCUCGGGGAUCCCCGUCACGGAGACGGGCAAGAUGGGCGGCAAGCUGGUGGGCAUCGUCACCUCGAGAGACAUCGACUUCCUCACGGAGAAGGAUCACAGCAGACCCCUGGGGGAGGCCAUGACCAAGAGGGAGGAGCUGGUGGUGGCGCCCGCAGCGGUCACACUGAAGGAGGCCAACGACAUUCUGCAGCGCAGCAAAAAGGGCAAGCUGCCCAUCGUGAACGACAGCGACGAGCUGGUGGCCAUCAUCGCGCGGACGGACCUGAAGAAGAACCGGGACUACCCGCUGGCCUCCAAGGACUCCCGCAAGCAGCUGCUCUGUGGCGCCGCCAUCGGGACCCGGGAGGACGACAAGUACCGCCUCGACCUGCUGGUGCAGGCCGGGGUCGACAUGGUGGUGCUGGACUCCUCGCAGGGCAACUCGGUGUACCAGAUCAACAUGAUCCACUACAUCAAACAGAAGUACCCCGACCUGCAGGUGGUGGGAGGCAACGUGGUGACGGCAGCACAGGCCAAGAACCUGAUCGACGCGGGCGUGGACGCCCUCCGGGUGGGCAUGGGCUGUGGCUCCAUCUGCAUCACACAAGAAGUGAUGGCGUGCGGUCGGCCCCAGGGCACCUCGGUGUACAAGGUGGCGGAGUACGCGCGGCGCUUCGGCGUGCCGGUGAUCGCCGACGGCGGGAUCCAGACGGUCGGACACGUGGUGAAGGCGCUGUCCCUGGGGGCGUCGACCGUGAUGAUGGGCUCCCUGCUGGCCGCCACCUCCGAGGCGCCGGGAGAGUACUUCUUCUCGGACGGCGUGCGGCUGAAGAAGUACCGCGGGAUGGGCUCGCUGGACGCCAUGGAGAAGAGCACCAGCAGCCAGAAGAGAUACUUCAGUGAGGGCGAUAAGGUGAAGGUCGCCCAGGGUGUGUCGGGCUCCGUACAGGACAAGGGCUCCAUCCACAAGUUCGUCCCCUACCUGAUCGCCGGCAUCCAGCACGGCUGCCAGGACAUCGGCGCCAAGAGCCUGUCUGUGCUCAGGUCCAUGAUGUACUCCGGGGAGCUGAAGUUUGAGAAGAGGACUAUGUCGGCACAGGUGGAGGGUGGUGUCCACGGGAUGCACUCUUACGAGAAGAGGCUGUACUGAUGGACUUGCCCGGACCAACCCAUUCCCGCAGUGACCAAAUGUAACCCCCACCCCCCCCGACAAAACCUCCUCACAGAAACACCCCCGCACCAACCAACACACUUGGCUUGGCUCGCCCGCACUUCUCGUUGUCAUAUGAGCUCUCUCUCUCUCUUCUUCUCUGAUGCUACAAGCCAAUAAGUCGUGGAGGAGGGAGGGAGGGGGGAGAAGAGCUUGGUGAUGGGGGAGUCGUAGGGAGGGGAGACAGUAUAGAAUUGUGUGACACCCGUUGCUUAGACCACCACCUAAAGUGUGUGUGUGUGUGUGUGUGUGUGUGUGUGUGUGUGUGUGUGUGUGUGUGUGUGUGUGUGUGUGUGUGUGUGUGUGUGUGUGUGUGUGUGUGUGUGUGUGUGUGUGUGUGUGUGUGUGUGUGUGUGUGUGUGUGUGUGCCAACGCCCUGUGUGUUAGUGUUGGAAGUUAUGAAAGUGAUUCCUCCUGUAAGUUUAGACAGUCCUGUUUUUGGAUUCUGGCAUGCGCUCCAAAAAUUUAAUAAAUCCCUAAAUUUAAUAAAUCAACAAGAAACAUGUAUUCUCCAUUAUCUGGCCCCUUGUAACCAAAUGUUUUUAUGUUGAUUAUAGAAGUGACCAAAAACAGUGCGCCAUAGCUGUGAGUUCAGGGAGGGGUCAACACGAUGUAUGUGUUAAAUAGUACACACAAGUCAAUCAUUGAUGACCGAUGAAGACCCAUGCCUUUCCCGGGUCUAAAAAGGCCCCGAAUUUCUCUUAGUUUAACGUUAAGGUGUAUAGAUUACAACUGGUGAAGGGUGGGGGGGGCUGGGGCUGCGAUAUAGCAUGACUGGGGGUUUAUCGUCUUUUUAUUUUUAUAUGCAUGCUUGGUUCCUGGGGAUGGGGUGUGGACGGAUUCUGCUUGUUUUCUUAGGUGUCGUUUCGCUCUUUGUUUUUCUAAUGACUCUCGUACUGCCAAGUGACCCGCCGCCAAAACCCCCCCACGCCGCCACGCCCCCCCGCCGCCACAACGCCGCCACGCCCCCCCCGCCUCCACGCCCCCCACGCCGCCACGCCCCCCCUGCCUCCACAACCCCCCCACGCCUCCACGUCCGCCGGCCGCCUCCAACAGACACACACCGCUUAUUUUUGUAAAUCCGAAACAAACCAAAACUGGCUCCACACAGGUCAGCUGCUACCACUACAUCCUGCCCCCCCCCCCCCCCCCCCCAACACACACACACACCCCACCUACCACCCCUACACCCUUACCCCCCCCUGAGCGCCUCGCCUGUCCUCCUCUUCCUCAAGGUCCGCCGCAGGAAGUUGUCCCGAUGGUCACAGAUUUCAUUUCUCCUUAAUAUUAUUAUUAUUAUAUAAACCAGAGAUAUGCCUUGAAGCUGGGACAAAUGAGGGUGCUGCUCUGAAAGUCUUCUGCGUGUUGAAAUAAAGCCCCCCCCCCCCACACACGCACACGGCCUGUCCUCUCUAUCACCCACCGCCCCCGCUGGGUAUAAUCAGUCGACCCAGUCGGCUUCUCUCUCCACGGUGGACGGGCUGUUACUUUAGUUUCCUUAUUUGUUUGUUCCUUUGUUUGUUUUGUGUUCAUGUCCCCUGAACGGUUCAAUGGAGUUCUUGCAGUUGACCCGAUUGGUAAAGAGAAAUGUACAUGAUGUAUGGAUAUAUAUGUAUAUGUUUAUGUAUACAUAUUCCUAUAUUUUGUUGGUAAAGAUUUCCACAUCCACGUGAAGAUUUUUGAGGUUGACGAUUUAUUGUGCAUUUCUGCAUUUUUUUUUUUUUUGUUUUUUUUUUUGUUUGUCCAUCCAAAGCAAAAAUCCCGCCACUGGAUUUUGGAAGUGCUGGUGUUUGAUGGAGCUGCUUCUGACUAGAGACAUUUUAUUUUAGCUUCACACUUGCAACUGUAGUUAACCAGUAAAUGCUAGAAGCACCUCUUCCCAAUUCACUAACAAUUGCUGUUUUAGAUGGACAGAAAAUACUCCAGUGUAGUAUUUGAGAUGCGUGCAGGACCUUGUUUACAAUAGGAUAUUCAACUGCGUGUUAUCUUGAAGCAAAAUAAAUAAAGGUCAAUCUGUGUUUGAA